AUGCGGGGCCGUCUGGAGUGGAGGCUGGAGGCAGCACUGCCAGGGUGGGCAGUGCUGGCCGUCAGGGCCAUCGAGGCCAUUGUGACCACCGGGGUGUCACCGGGUGAUGUGAUUGAAGUGUACUAUGGUGACAAUCGCUUUGGGACAAUGACCGACUCUGGCACAGCAACGCUUAAACCUCGUCCGAGAGUCCGGCCGCUGCUGACUUUCUUACCCCUUAAUGCCCAAGAAUCUCAUGGGGUGGCUGUGCCAACGCCGUCAGUGCCAGAAGACUUCGAGGAAAAAGCAGCUCUUGGCUCUGGCUCCCAGAUCAAUGGGACCUACCGAAUGUACAGCUCGGUGGGGGACCUGCGCCCACAGGCUCUCGAGGGGGACGACCUGGAUGAAGACAUCCCUCCACCGCCGUCGGUACCCCCGCCACCCCCUCCAACGGCACCGGCACCUGUGCCACCACCUCCAGCCUCGCCGGUCCCUCCACCACCUGAAAUGCUGCCUCCACCACCACCACCACCUGAGAUGGUACCACCACCUCCUGCCAUGGCACCUCCACCGCCUCCAGCCUCUGCCCUGUCCUCCCCCAGCACACCAGCUCCUCCAGACUUCAUCCCACCAGCCCCGCUGGGUGCCUUGCCGCUCAGCCAGGCCUCGGUGCCCUUCACCACUGGCAUCUCCAAGUGGAAGUCUGAAACGGUGCUGAACACUAGGCAGGCAGACGCUGAGGGGCCGCUCCACCCUGCCGAGGAUGGGGUGCCGGCUGCCCCCGGCCCAAAGGAGAGCCUGCAACCCAAGCACUGCCCUGAGCCCCACCUGACCUUCCCCAGGUCCUUCAAGGUGCCCCCACCGGCCCCAGCCCGGUCCUCCUCCAUCCCCGUGCAGGAGAGUCAGCCUGUCCGACAGGAGCCCUUCCCCAGGCAGCCUCACGCCCGGCCUCCCCUCCCGCCCUGCUUCACCAUAAGACCCGCAGCCAAGGCUCACAUGGGAGGAGAAGCCAAGCAAAGAAAUUCCCCACUGAGACAGGCUGUUGCAAAGCCGGCUGUGCCGAGCCCCCUGCCGCUGAGCCCCAAGCCGGGUCCAGGGUUCGGUCAAGGGAUGAAUCCUGAUGGUCGCCGGUCCCCGCUGCCAGGCUCCGAGAUGGAGAAGGUUCCCCAGCCGAAAACAGCCGAGAGAGACUCUCUUCCAAAAUCUGAAUCUCUCUCUGCAAAUGACCUGGACCUCCCCCCUCCGGACUACCCGACCUGCGAGGACGACUGGAGGGACGCCAGCAACCUGAACAGGCUGCGGCAUGAGCUCUCGGCCCUCCUGCGCUCCCCACGGAGGGAGGAGAGCCUGCCGGAGAAGCCGGCUGCUCCCCAGCCCAUGGAUGGUGGUACUGACCAUGCUGGCAGCCAUAGGCCCAGUCUCAAUGGGCCCCAACUUGCCGGACCUGCUGGGAAGGACGUACGGUUACCCACAGGAGGGGAGACCGAGAAGAAAGAGGUGCCCAGCAGCCCCCCCAGUGCCAAAGGGGGCUCUCCCAGCAUGGUGCUCCCCCCUCCGGAGAGCAACCCUACCACACAGACCCACAGCGUGAUGAAAAUCAGGAACGAGCUGGAGGCUGUGCUUUCCCUGAAGAAAGAAGGGAAACCUGCUCUGGGGCUCAGCAGCCAGAAGCAGGGCACCGAGGAUGGCAGCAGCACCCCAUGUAUGAGGAAGAGUCCCCCUGACCUGAGGAAGAGCCCCCCUGACCCAGGUGACUCGGUGCUGCCGAAACUGGCCCCAAGCCCGCUCCCAGCACCAGUGGCUGCAGUGGAGAAGGAUGAGACGGGGCACAAGGACCAUCCCACUCCUGCUGCUAGCAAGGCCACAGAGAACUUGACCCCUGCUCCCGGGUCCCUCAACAGCAGUGUGAGCCCCCCAGACCCACCUCAGGGACCAGUGGAGGAGCCCCCUGCUCCCACCUCCCCCUCGCCCCCCAUUUCUCCUGCACAGAGCCCGGCACCGGAGCCCAAUGCAGCCAUCUUCCAGUACAAAGUGCACCGAGCUGGGGCCAGUUCAGCCAAACCGCCCUGCACCUCGAGCUCGGCUGAACCACCCUGCCCCACAAGCUUGGCCAGGAGCCCGCCGGGCGCCUCGGGAGCAGGGCAAGAGGAGGUGCUGAUCCACCCCGUGACGGGCGAGCGGGUGGAGCGGGGGUCCCCAAUGGCGCUGCUCCUGGCAGCCCGGCAGCGUGCCCAGCGGGGCCGGCAGGGUGGUGAGGUGGGAGCUGCGCUGCGGGCAAAGCCGCCCCUGAAACUCAGCAGCGCCUCAUCGGACACCACCUCCACUAGGUUCUACCACCAUGAGUCCAAGCCCUACUCCUUCACUGUGGUGCCCCGGCCGCCUGGGGCAGGUACAGCAGGGUCAGGACAGAGCAAACCUCCAUCCUUCUCCAGCUCCUCGGAGCAGGGCCAGGACGCACGGGCAGUGGGUGAGGGGCAGCCCCCGCACCGGGGGGCGGCUCCCUCCAGCCUGCUGCGGGGCCUCCUUGAGUCCGGGCAGCUGAACCAGGCUGGCCCUCCCCGCCAUGGUGUGCCCAGGGAGGAGGAGAACGGGGAGACGGCGCUGGACUAUGGGAUUAUCCCCCCGCCCCCCGAAUUCAGCAAUGAGGUGGACGAGGCCAAGGGGCCCCUCCCAAGUCGGGAGGAGAACCGCAAGUGCCCCAGCUUCCCCGACUGCAGCCGGGGCUCAGAGGCACCGCGGUAUUUCAGGUGGCCCGGCUAUGGCCGCGGCUACAGGGGCAGCCAUGAGCUGCCGGCCCCGCUGCCCUCAGAGAAGAGCGGGAGGAAUAGUGACUUCGUGUCCCAGUACCCAGACUACAGCAGCUCUGCCGGUUACGUUGGCUGCUGCCCGAACCCCCGUCCGCUGAUCAAGAAGCGGCUGUAUGUCUCUGAGCCUGACAGCUCCUACCCCCGGGCAGCUGCAGCCCCCCGGGGCACAGGUGCCCUCUCCUCCUAUGGCCCUGGGGGGUACAGCUCCCCGGCCGGGGAGGGGGUCCGCCGUGUCGGCUCUGCCCACAGGAACGGCCCCACGAGCGUGCAGGGCAGGCGGACGUCCAUCGAUGCUGCUGGGAAAGCCACACCGUAUGGCAGUGCGGGGGCUGAUGCCAAGUACAAGGGGCAGAACGGGGAUUUCUCGCCCACCAGCGUGGUGGCAGCCAGCAGACCUGCUCAUGGCAGCUCGCAGUAUGGCUAUGGCGGACCCAGCAACACCUUCACGGUCAGGCCCGGGACACGGCAGCCCAUCUCCUACACCUACCAGAGCGGCCACCGAUAG